GCCACAGGUGUUGGCUGUGGCAGCUGUGUGGCCGGUGUCGCUGUGUCAGCUGUGUGCCCCGUGCCGAGUCUUGUCUCCGCGGUCGCCGUGGGGAGUGGAGCACUUUUUAUAGUCCUGCGGUGGCUUUGAUCUGGAGCCGUCAGGACACUGGAGUGUGAAGUCUGUGAAGUGUAACACUUUUCAGUCUCCCCAAGGUUCGACCUGUUUGACUACCCUGCGUGUGGUAGCGCACGUGGUACGGUUCCCCACACGUGGACCAAAGCCACACGGCGCUCAGGUUGUCGACUCGCCCACUCCAGCGACGAUGCUGCUGUCCCUGUACAGCCGGAUGAUGCGGGCACACCCGGCCAAGACCCAGAUCCUGACCACGGGAAGCCUGAUGCUCGCCGGCGACGUCAUCGCCCAGAAAGCCAUCGAGAAGAGAGAGUCCCUCGACGUCGUCCGGGCAGCUCGCUUCUUCGUGCUGGGCGUCGGCUUCGUCGGACCCACCAUCCGCACCUGGUUUGUGGUCCUGGAGCGCGUCUUCGGCGCGCGCGGAGGCGUCCUCAAGAAGGUGCUCGUCGAUCAGCUCCUCUUCAGCCCGGUGUUUUUGGCCGGCUUCCUGACGUGCCUGGGCUUCCUCCAGCGGCGGCCCUGGUCGGACACCAAGCAGAUGCUGCGAAAAGACUACGUGCCCAUCCUGACCACGGGGUACAUGCUGUGGCCGGCCGCGCAGUUGGUCAACUUCCACCUGGUGCCUCUGCCCUACCGGCUGCCAUUCACCAGCGGAGUCGGCCUCGUCUGGAACACUUACCUCGCGUGGAAGGCCAACAAAACGCCAUCCACGUGACCGCACCUUCACACGACCGGGCACGCGAAUGCCGGCGUGAGCACGACGCACGGUGGGCGGACUGCGCUAGGCCUGUAGAGGGAA